AUGCAUGAGCGGGCUCUCCCAGCUUCUCCUAACUGGUACUGCUCCCGCUGCAGCGAUGUAAACAGGCGCGGGGUGCUGGGCUUCGGGGCUAAGAACACAGUCUACUUGGUGAAAGUGUCUGCAGCCUCAGCAGCAGUUCUAGGUGAGCUCAGUGGUCACACUGAAAGAGUUUCUGGCUUUGCUUUUUGCCAGCACGAUGGGCAAGAAAACGUUUGUGCCACCAGUUCAGAUGAUAAAUCGGUGAAGAUCUGGGACAUUGAGCAGAAAGCUGUGCUGGCAGAGCACAGUGCUCAUCAGAGCACCAUCACCUCCAUCCACUGGUCUCCUGUGGAGAAGGGUCUGGUGGUGUCAGGAGACGAGAAAGGCAUUGUGGUGUGCUUUUGGCACGGCAGGAACGACACCCACAGCUUCUUCCCGGAACCCAGAACCAUCUUCUGCUUGGCCUGCUCCCCACACAAUGAGAACCAUGUCGCGGUUGGGUAUAAGGAUGGAAUGAUUGCAUUGAUAGACAUCAGCAAGAAAGGAGAGGUGAUCCACCGACUGCGAGGUCAUGAUGAGGAGAUCCACGCUCUGGCCUGGUGCCCUGAGCCCAAAGAGGAAGAUCUGUAUGGCCGGCCAGAGGACAACACUGAUGCUUCCAAUGGACUGGCAGAGGUAGGAGGUGGCUACCUUGCUUCUGGGAGUCGAGAUCAGACUGUUAGAAUCUGGAGCACAGCCAGAGGCAAAGGUGUUAUGACUCUGAAACUGCCUUUUCUGAAGAGGCGGGGGGCAGGAGUGGACCCUGGGGUGAAAGAGAGGCUGUGGCUCACUGUACACUGGCCUAAAGGAAGACCUUCACAAAUAGUGUCCAGCUGCUUUGGUGGAGAGCUAGUGAUGUGGGACCUCACAAAGUCAGGCAAGCAGAAGUGGACCUUGCUGGGCAGUUCUGCUGAUGGUCAGAACCACAGCCGCAUCGUCUUCAACAUGAGCUCGGCGUGUGUUGGGGACAGAGAGCUACUGAUCAGCACGUCCAUGGACAGAGAGAUCAAGUGCUGGGAUCUGGACACUCUGGAGUGCUGCUGGACUCUGCCCACUCUGGGAGGUUUUGUAUACUCCUUAAGCUUCUCUCCUGUGGGCACGGGGUGCUUGGCAUUGGGGGUUGGAGACAACAUGAUCCGCGUGUGGAACACCCUGUCCAUCCACAACCCGUACGACACCAAGACCUACUGGCAGAGCAUCAAAUCCAAAGUAACUGCGUUGGCCUGGCAUCCAGUGAAGGAAGGCUCCUUAGCGUUUGGAACAGAUGAUGGCAAAGUGGGCAUCUAUGAAGCUUAUUCUAACAAGCCUCCACAGACCUCCAGCACGUACCACCGCAGAACAGUCUACUCUCUGGACUGGGGACCCCCCAUCCCACCUCUGUCAUUUGGAGGUUCUGGAGACAAGCCCUCAUACAGUCUGUACAGUUGUGGUGGAGAGGGAGUCAUCUUUCAGCAUGACCCCUGGAAGCUGUCAGCAGAGGCCAGCAACAUCGACAAACUCAUCCGUGACACGAACGACAUCAAACACAAGCUCUCCCCGCACACAGACCUCAGCUGGAAGCCAGAUGGAAAAGUUUUAGCCGUUGGAAAUGAAGAUGGCUCUAUAGAGGUGUAUGGGGCUCCCAGUCUGAAGCUUCUGUGCACCGUGCAGCAGCAUCAUAAGAUCAUUAACACACUCCGCUGGCACCACCAGCACUCAGACCAGCCCGAGCUGCACUGCCUGCUGGCCUCCGGCUCCAGCAGCGCUGUUGUUUACAUCCAUGAUUUGCGCAGCGCCGUUGAGAAUCCUUCAGAGAGUCCCGUCCUAGUAACCGAAGGCUUCCGCAGUCUGUCUGGCCACACCAACAAAAUCACCGGCCUGGCCUGGAGCCCUCAUCACGAUGCCCGCCUCGUAACAGUCUGUUACGAUGGUACAGCUCAGGUGUGGGACGUGCUGAAGGAGGAACCGGUGUGUAACUACAGGGGUCAUAGCGGGCGCCUGCUGUGUGUGCAGUGGUCCCCUGUUGACCCUGACCUGGUCUGGACUGGUGGCGAUGAUUUUACAGUCCAGGAGUGGGCAGUGUCUAAGCAGGAGCAUGCCAGACCUCCCAAGAGUAAGAGACGUGUGGAGCUGGAGAAGAAAAAGGCUCCGCAGAAGAAAACCAAGAAGAAGAAGAAGGCAGCUGGAAAGGGUGGACUGAAGACAGAGGAGAAUGAAUCUCCUAUGGGAGAGGAGGAGAAAGGAGGCAGUGGAGCGGAUGAAGCGCAGUCAGAAGACGAAGGCGAGGAUGAAGAGAGAGAGAGCACCACCGUCUCUACCGGUUUGUCUAAGGACACCAGUAUGGACAGGUGUACAGCAGAGAAAAUGCAAAAUGGUGGGAAAUCUUUUCUGGCUAUGAAGAAGGAGCUAAAAGAAGAAAGGAAAAAAGAAAAACCAGAGCUGUCUCUGAAAAAGAGGAAGCCACGCUCCAUGCUGCCUCUCAGCACCUCCAUGGAUCACCGGCCCAAAGAGGAGCUGCAGCAGGACUGCCUGACGCUGGCCGCUGUCAGACACGCACACGGUGGGUCAGUGAACUGCGUGCCAGGCUCUGGAGAACACAUCCAGCUUGGCCUUUUUACAGACAGGGAGGCCCUCUGCAGGAUGUUUCAGGAAGAAGAGGCCAGUCAUGUUGAAGCGGGUCACUAUGACUCAGUGAUGUAUCUGCGGCUGUGGAAGGGAGAUCUGAUUGGGGCUCUGCACAUGGCUACGGAGAAAGGAGAGCUGACGGACCACUUGCUGAGCUUAGCACCCAUGGCUGGUUAUCAGGUGUGGGCCAGGACUGUAGAGGCGUAUGUGAAGCAGCUGUGCCUGCAGGAACAGUUCCUCAAAGCCGCCUCCCACCUUGUGUCCGUUCACAAGAUCUACGAAGCUAUCAGCCUCCUCAAAGCCCACCAGUUCUACAGGGAGGCCAUUGCACUGGCCAAAGGCCGGCUUCAGCCCGACGACCCCGCGCUGAAGGACCUCUACAUGAGCUGGGCUGCUGUGCUAGAGAAGGAUGGACAUUACACUACUGCUGCUAAAUGCUAUCUCGCUGCAGACUGCAGUUUUGAUGCAGCCAAGGUCAUCGCCAAGAAGGGAGACGUGAUGUCACUUAAGACGGCCGCUAACCUGGCGAAGCUCGCCGGGGAGAGCGACCUUUCCCACUCUCUCUCCUUAAGAUGUGCCAAGGAGCUGAUGCUGUCGCAAGAUUGGCUAGCAGUACAGGAUAUCCUGAGGACACAGGAUACCUUAUUGGGUCACAGGCUUGUGUUCUGUGUGAGUGAGCUGCUCACUCAGAGAUUGUCAGUCCCUGGUGUGGUGAGCUGGAGCUCAGCCUCGUCUCAUGCCUGGUCUAAACCCACUGAGGAGGACUUUCUGCCUGCCGUCCAAAGAGUGUGGCAGAGUGAGUUUGGCCUGGCCACAGCUGACCUAGACCAGAUCAAAGCACUCCAUCAGCAGCUGAGAGCCAUAGAGAACCCCCCAGCUACUGCAAGCAUGCCCAUCAAGCAGCUGCUCUCUCAUGUGGCUUUGGACAUGGCUCUGUCUGUGGUCAGUCAGCUGCUGAGUGAUUGGGGGUCAGCAGUAGAGGAGCUUCUGCGAGCUGUAACUAGAGGAUUUGAGGUGGGCCAUUUCUCUCUAAUGGCUGAAAUGUGCCAGCUUCUUCUUCCCCAAGGUCUGGAUUCAGUAGCACUCUGUAAACAAAGACUUCUGCAAGGUGAUGAGAGAAGCUUGUUCGUGUCCCAAAGCCUGGAGGCUUUUGUCUGUUACCAACUGCUGUACAAAGACUGGUGGAAGCAUGGCUGCACUAGCGCCACCACAGCAGCCAACAGCAUCAAACACAUCAACGCCCACCAAACACCAGUGGAAAAUGGAGACACCAACCAUGAGAGAGAAACUCGGUCCCAGUCCGAGGCUCAGGCUGCUGAAGCCAUCGUGAGGUCUGAGGGCUUCUGGAAAGUUCUCCUCUCUGAGCCCCAUGCCAACCUUCAAGCUACCCAGAGAGUCAUCAAAGACAUCCAGAGCAGAGUGGCCAGUCUGGUCCAACAACACAGCCGUCCUCAAGAGCCUCAGCCAAGCCUGGGCACGCAGCCACAGACACACUCUACUGAUCUCGACGAGGAGCCAAACAGCUCCGAGGGACCUGGAGACCUGCACAACAAGCAGAGAUCCUCUGUUGCAGACAGUGAGUCUUUUCCUGCGCUGGUUGCGCAGGUCACAGAGCAUCAGAAAAAGCUUGCCGCUCUCCCCGACCAUCUGAAGAAAUACUCGUUCCCUGAUGUCGCAGAGUGCUGCAUUGUCCUCUUGUACAUGGAUAAGCACUUUGGUUUGAUUCCACACCAUCUCUGUGAGAAGGCUACCAGUCUGUUGCUCAAAUAUGGAACAACAGGCUCGCUCCACAAAGCUUGGCAAAGAUUCACUUUAUAACUGUUUUUUGUUUUGCCAUCCUAACAGCACUUAAACAUUUUCGGAUCGAUAAUAUAUUUGUAUUUUUGUUUAAUAUGUACAGUGAACCCGACCAGUGGUCAGCUGUAUUGUCUGUACAUGAAUAAACAUUUUUUUCACAAACGGAAAUGAUUUUGAGUAUCA